AUGUCUCCAGUCGCCGUUGCCCAGCCCGUCAACCUCGAGGACUUUGUCCGCAAGGACGACCCCAAGGGAAAGAAGUUUGACGCCGUUUCGGACGCCAUUGACGACAUCAACAUCGCCAAGCUUAAGGACCAGCCCGUUGUCGAAGAAGUCGACAAUGCGUACGAUGCGUCCGAGUUUGACAGCUCCAAGGACAAGGACACGUUCCGCCAGUUUGUCGACGAGAACGAAGGCUCGCGCCGCUUCUACAUUGAGCAGCACACCAAGCAGACUGUCGACUUCAACCGCGAGGCACGCCGCAAGGCUUUUGAGAAGCCCCGUGCGAUCAUGGGUAUCUGGGAGGCCAUGGAGAUGCUCAACACCCUGGUGGACGCCAGUGACCCCGACACGGAUGCUACUCAGAUUGAGCACCUUCUCCAGACCGCCGAGGCCAUGCGCAAGGACGGCAAGCCCGAGUGGAUGCAGCUCACCGGCCUGAUCCACGACCUCGGCAAGCUCCUCUACUUCUUUGGCUCUGACGGCCAGUGGGACGUCGUGGGUGACACCUAUGUUGUCGGGUGCGAGUUCCCCACCGAGAAGAUUGUGUACAAGGACACUUUCAAGGACUGCCCCGACCUCAACCACCCAGUCUACUCGACCAAGUAUGGCAUCUACGAGCCCGGCUGUGGCCUUGAGAACCUUCUCAUCACCUGGGGCCACGACGAGUACCUCUACAUGGUUAUGAAGGAGCAGAGCAACCUGCCUCAGAGUGCUCUCAACAUGAUUCGUUACCACUCGUUCUACCCUUGGCACCGCGAGCGCGCCUACACCUACUUUGAGAACGAGGCCGACAAGCAGGCCCUCAAGGAUGUUCUCGCUUUCAACCCUUACGACCUGUACUCCAAGUCCGACUCGAAGCCGGACCCCGUCGCCCUUCGCCCAUACUACGAGAGUCUCAUUGCCAAGUACAUCCCUCACAAGAUCAAGUGGUAG